AUGCGGUUGCUUACGCUUGUGACUCUGAUUGCGAUUGCUUCGAGCUGCGUCUCUGUUUCUGCUGCGUCGGACUCGCUCAAUUCACUUUCAUCCCGAGCUCACGCUUCCAACCACAAACGUCUCCUGCGUCAGAACGAUUUCAACGAGCUGUCAGCCACAAAACGCAACGAUGAAGAAAGAAUUGGUCUGCUGAAUAUGGCGGAUGACGUCGCUGCCUCGAUUGGCACAACAAUUGGAAAGGGGGGAGCGAAUCUGAAAGCCGCGUUGGGGAAAGUUGCAUUGACGGCUGACGAGAUCGCAGAUGUGGUGAAGAGGAUCUCCACCAAGUAUCCCGAAGGCUUGAGCGCUGCGACGAUGAAGCAGGUUCAACAAGUCGAAGAACGUAGAGUGAAGGAUAUCGCUACGUAUUCCAAGGAAACCGCUGAUGGUAUGCGCAGGAAGAUCGAGCCCUUCCCUGGCAUCAAAAUCGCCCCGGAAGAAUACCUCGGAUCCCAUGUUGGACGUGCAAUUCAACGUUACGAGGAUGACGGUACCCGUUUGCUGUCAUGUAAUGUGAUCUCCCGGCCUAAGGAGCAAGGCGGGGGAGAUGUCCUUUUGAUUUCAAGCUCGAACCCAAACAAGGACGAUUGGCUGCUUCCUAAGGGAGGCUGGGACGAAGGCGAGAGCAUUGAAAAGGCUGCCUGGAGGGAAGCUAUUGAAGAAGGAGGGGUUAACACGAAGCUUACAGCCGCUCUGGGAAAGGUUCGGUUUGAGAACAAGGACAACAAGAAGUACAAAUACUACGCCUACAAGAUGCAGGCUAAGACGGUCUAUGACGAUUGGUCCGAGAGUGUGCGCUAUCGUCUGUGGGUCUCAUACGAAGAUGCUAUCAAGAUGCUCGGGAAUCGCAAAGAAAUGGUUGACAUUGUGAAGCGCGCAAAGUUGGCAGAUGACCUUGCGAAGGUCAAUAGGUUGCCAAAGGAGGACAAAAAUCUUGCGGCACUCGAUUUUCUGAAGGUCGCGCCAGCUGCAAGGUAG